AGCCAUGUGGCUGAAAGUGAGCGUAGCACAACUUCUUGCGAUCCUUUUGCCUCUAGCAUGGUCCUGCGGACCCCGCUGCAACCUCUCAGAGGGUGAUGUGGAAGACUUCGUGCAAAUUCAUACUCUUCAAAAUCCGGUAGAGGAGCCUGGGUCUGAGUACUACUCGCAACACUCGGAUCGAUUGCAUCGGCGCUUGCAUCGGCGCGACCGGCAGACAGCAGCGACGACAUCAACGAAGGUAUCAAAGAGGGACGACGUCAACGACGACUUGGCCCGGGGUCAUGGAGCUCAUGAAAGCACUGGAGAAGUCCAGAGGAGCGCUCCAUUCGACCUGGUCAACGGUGGCCGACAGCCUGGCCGGCAGCGAAGCUCAGCUUGUCAGGGAUCUCAACGAGAAAUGGUUCAGUGUCUCAGGCACCUUCUCGCUGGUGACGGAGUUUGUCAUCAGCUACAAGGCCAAUGCCACCUAUACUGGCAACAACGCUGGCUUGAAGAGUGGUUUGGACAUUAUAGUGGCUGGAUUGUCCAAUUCUGGGAGCUCGCUCCUUCAGGCUGCCACGUUUUCAGUGUCCAAGAACCUCGCAGAGCGUUGUCGCUACCUCUCGUCCUACGCAGAUCCUGUGUUUGGAGAGGGCAACAUCUAUGAGAUGCUGACUGAGCUGCAGGCGGUUUGCAGUAACACUAAUGUGGCUGCAGCUUUGCCUGCGGCCGCAGAGCCCAAUGCUGCUGCUUUGAUCGAAGGUGUGACGGUUCUGGAGACUGGGACUGCGCCUACCACUACUUUGACAACGACUACGACAACACCCCCAGCAACAACAAGUACUACCGCGCCCACUACUACAAUCACAGCUAAAGCCACGACGACGGCAGCGACAUCCACAACAACGCCGACCACUAUAAGGAUGACCACUACAACGACGACCUCGCCUACGACUACGACCACGCCUACUUCUACUUCUACUUCCACCACCAGCGCGGCAGCCACAACCUCGAGCGGUGGUGUUGAUAAAAACUGGGCGCUCGGGCCUGGAGGAGGCAGCUGCGAUGAUGUUUGUGGAGUCGGUCUGUGUGAUCUAACGAAGCAGGAAUCGGUGACGAGCGACGAACUCAUGGCAAUUUCAACCAGCUUGGGCCGCCAAUGCGCAAGCGUGCACAGCUACCCAAAUCCUUACAGUCCAGAGAUCGAUAGUAGUCAGACGUGCUGGAGGGCGUCAGGAAAGACAACUUGCAGUGCUGACACCACCGAUAUACGCCACCAACGAAUCUGCUACUGCACCGCAGCAGCCAUGCCAGCUAGUACUGCUACUGCUACGACUAUACAACCACAACGGCGGCUACAACCUCAACAGCAACAACUAGGACGACCACGCCUACAACAACGUCACGCAACAACCAGCAUGCUGCCUACCACCGGCUGGCAGUUUUCCGUUCCAGGUCAACCCUGUGACACCGUGUGCGGAGUCGACAAGUGUGACAAGGACGCCAUGGCCGGAGUGAAUGAUCAAGCGUCAGCCUUUGCAGUGAUGAGAGAUAUCUUGGGGAAGCCUUGCAACGAAUCUCAAGGAAGGAACUAUCCAGGCAGUCCUUUCUGGGCCCAGACAGAUCCCUUCGUUUGCUACUACUACAAUGGAGAAAACCCUGCAGGAAUCGAUUGUUCCAGCAACAAGUUUCAUUCCCAUGAAGCCUUGUGUUACUGCCUCAGCAGCAACUUGAUCCAAGAUCGUUUCAGCAGUGAGACGGGCUUUCAACGGUUGGACGUGGAUCCAGCGAGCUCGCCCAUCGAGCCGGUUAUUUGGUCUGCGAUGGUGCAUUUCAGCUCGACGGAAGCGACCUGCGAUCCAAAUGAGUGCUUCGAGGUCUAUACGUUCGGCGGGUGCUUGUCAGAUGGAGCGGCCACCAACAGCGUCCACCGGGGUGUCGUAAACUUGGCCAAUCUGAUGGUCCUUUGGGCCAAAUCGGGUCCAGCGCCAGUAAACUUAGCACUCCAUACAGUGGUGUGGAUGGGGCCAGAUAGCGCCCUGGUGUUUGGUGGCUUGGACAGCUGCAAUGAAGGAAGUGUGGCCACAAACAAGCUUUGGCAGUGGAGCAGAAAUGUUUCAGACGGAGGCUGGAAGGAGUUAAGCCCCUUGCCGUACUUGUGCGGGCUUUAUUUCCACACUGCCAACACCAUUGUUUCUCUCUCCCAGUCCGGGAUGGUCGUCUAUGGUGGGCUUGACUGCAACAAUACCGUCUCAACAGACCACUUCUAUUUGUUUGAUUUCCAGACGUUGAAGUGGACCCAGAAGUAUUCAGGUUAUACACCGCCGAUGUUUGGUCAUGCUACUGCUUGGACACCGUCCAAUCCCACACUACUGUUCGUGCAAGGGGGCUACCAGUGGGAUUGGGUCAGUUCGGUGUGGAGCUUGGAAUCUGACUUGUAUGUCUUGGAUAUCAGCACCAUCUUCAUUCCUGGUUCAAAGGAGGUGCCAUUGCAAACGCGUACGGGAACAGGCGCCAGAAAGACGUUUCACUCUUUGCACCACGGCCGCUUACAGUGAAGCUCUUUGAGUGUGGGACCUCCCCAAAGACUAUUUAUUACACUAAGGACCUUUUGCGUGUGAGUCUUACUGUACAGUAUAUAAAGGUCACAAAACUAUUGGGUUGGAGGCCAUCGCUAGUAGGUUGGAGGCCAUUGCUAUUAUGUUGGUGGCCAUUGCCAUUACUUUCCUUAAAGUCUUUUUCUUAGGUUUCUUAAACCGGAGGAGUUUUGGCCCAAAACACAUCGACGGCCACUGUUCCGACCACUCGGUCUCACUCGGUUUUGGGCGGCUGGGGAGCGAUCGAUCCUGAAUUCCACUGUUUUCAGGCUGCCGUUCAAAGAAGAGUAUGGUGAAACAGAGUAUGUGACCUACAAAGCCAUCGGUGGAAUUUACGAGUGGACAGAGGACGGUGGAGUUCAAUUCCAGAAGACCGAAACCUACGACUACGACCCAAACAGAUUAGAAAAGAUUGAUGUCGACGAUAUCGAGGUGGCAAAGGAAUUCUACGGAUAUGGGCAAGCAGGAGUGAGUUUCCCCUAUGGCGAGAUCUACACGGGCAUCCUCAUUUUUGGAGGGGCGGACGGUCAAAAAAAUCUUACCAACGACAUCUUUGUCUACAUGGAUGCAGGUCAACGACCUCUUUCUGCACCUGGACUCUUAUGUUUGAUUGGCAUAUCCAUCUCGAUGUUCAACGCCUAAAUCCAGAAUUGCCCGGCGAUCAGUGCUCAUUUGUGUUUGUGAAUGAUAUCCAUUUUUGCCAGAUGCAGUUUACCCGUUUAGCACAGCCAAGAGUGCUGAAACCUCUUCAAAAGCAGAAGUCUCACCCAGCCAUACCCAGCCUGCAUUCGGCCAUUCCAAGCCAUAAAACGAUCGAUGUUAUUGGGACGCGCGAGGCAUAGC